CUGCCGAGGCGAUGAUGUCGGUGCGGGUGGCGGCGCCGCCGCCGGCCGUGGAGCUGAAGGAGCUGGGCGGGCCCCUGGACAAGGCCUCCGCCGGCGGAGGAGGAGCGGGGAGCAGCGGCGGCCCCUCGGGGUCUCUGCCCAGCCCGGCGGCGGCUCCUUCCCCCUCUCCGCCCAGCGAGCCGGGCCUGGCCGCGAAGGCCCCGCAGGCCUCGGCCAUGAAGCGCAGCGACCCCUCGCCGCCCUCCGCGCAGGCCUCCAGGAUGGCCCGGGACGGCGGCGACGGGGGCCGAGGCGGAGCAGCAGGAGGCGCCGGGGCCGCGCUCGGGGAGGCCCUGGUCAGCCCCGACGGCACCGUCACCGAGGCGCCGCGCACCGUCAAGAAGAUCCAGUUCGCUGACCAAAAGCAAGAAUUCAACAAGCGCCCCACGAAGAUCGGCCGCCGCUCACUGUCCCGAUCGAUCUCCCAGUCGUCGACAGACAGUUACAGCUCCGCUGCGUCCUACACGGACAGCUCCGAUGACGAGACCUCCCCCCGGGACAAGCAGCAGAAGAACUCCAAGGGCAGCAGUGACUUCUGCGUGAAGAACAUCAAACAGGCCGAAUUCGGGCGCCGGGAAAUCGAAAUCGCCGAACAGGAAAUGCCUGCUCUCAUGGCCUUGAGGAAACGGGCUCAGGGAGAGAAGCCGUUGGCUGGUGCCAAGAUUGUGGGAUGUACGCACAUCACCGCCCAGACUGCGGUUCUCAUGGAAACCCUCGGUGCCUUGGGUGCUCAGUGCCGAUGGGCUGCCUGCAACAUCUACUCCACCCUCAAUGAAGUGGCUGCCGCCCUGGCUGAGAACGGAUUUUCCGUUUUUGCCUGGAAGGGGGAGUCCGAGGACGACUUCUGGUGGUGCAUCGAUCGCUGCGUCAACGUGGAGGGGUGGCAGCCUAAUAUGAUCUUGGAUGACGGUGGAGAUCUGACACACUGGAUUUACAAGAAGUACCCCAACAUGUUCAAGAAGAUCAAGGGGAUCGUAGAGGAGAGCGUCACUGGAGUCCACAGAUUGUACCAGCUCUCGAAGGCGGGCAAGCUGUGCGUCCCAGCGAUGAACGUCAAUGACUCCGUCACCAAGCAGAAGUUUGACAACCUCUACUGCUGCCGAGAAUCCAUUCUAGACGGCCUUAAAAGGACAACCGACAUGAUGUUUGGAGGCAAACAGGUGGUGGUCUGCGGUUACGGAGAGGUGGGGAAGGGAUGUUGCGCUGCACUGAAGGCCAUGGGCUCCAUCGUGUACGUCACGGAGAUCGACCCAAUCUGUGCCCUCCAGGCCUGCAUGGACGGCUUCCGGCUCGUGAAACUCAACGAAGUGAUUCGGCAAGUUGACAUCGUCAUCACCUGCACAGGCAACAAAAACGUGGUGACCCGGGAACACCUGGACAGGAUGAAGAACAGCUGUAUCGUUUGCAACAUGGGGCAUUCCAACACAGAGAUCGAUGUGGCGAGCUUGCGUACCCCCGAGCUGACGUGGGAACGGGUGAGGUCUCAAGUCGACCAUGUCAUCUGGCCAGACGGGAAGAGGAUAGUGCUGCUGGCAGAGGUGAAGGCCGGGCCUGAGAGGGCUUCCUGGGAGGCGGGGGCGCAGCUUCCCUGGAUGAGUCCGUCCUAA